AUGGACUCAGACGAAGGCUAUAACUAUGAGUACGACGAUGAAGAGGAGGAAUGCAGCGAAGACAGCGUCGAAGAGGAGCCCGAAGACGACACCCUGGACCUGGGAGAAGUGGAGCUGGUCGACCCCGUGGUGGCCGGAGGAGAGAGGGACGAGUGCGGAGAGACAGGCGGAGGAGGACACGGGCCUGGGGACGAGGAGGAGGAGGACUACCGCUUUGAGGUCCUGACAGCCGAGCAGAUCCUGCAGCAUAUGGUCGAGUGUAUCCGCGAGGUCAACGAGGUCAUCCAGAACCCAGCAACAAUUACUCGAAUCCUGCUUAGUCACUUUAACUGGGACAAAGAAAAGCUCAUGGAAAGGUAUUUCGACGGAAACCUGGAUAAACUUUUCUCAGAGUGUCACGUCAUUAACCCUAGUAAAAAGCCCCGGAUUCGCCCGCCAAUCAACACCCGAUCCUCCGCACAAGACAUGCCCUGUCAAAUCUGCUAUCUCAACUUCCCCAACUCGUAUUUCACAGGCCUAGAGUGUGGACACAAGUUCUGUAUGCAGUGUUGGGGAGAUUACCUGACGACCAAAAUUAUAGAAGAAGGAAUGGGGCAGACCAUUUCGUGCCCAGCUCAUAGUUGUGACAUACUGGUGGAUGACAACACAGUAAUGCGCCUCAUCACAGACUCAAAAGUGAAGUUGAAAUACCAGCAUUUAAUCACAAAUAGCUUUGUAGAGUGCAAUCGGCUUCUGAAGUGGUGCCCCGCCCCCGACUGCCACCACGUGGUCAAAGUCCAGUACCCAGACGCCAAACCCGUCCGCUGCAAGUGCGGCCGGCAGUUCUGCUUCAACUGUGGCGAGAACUGGCACGACCCGGUCAAGUGUAAGUGGCUGCGAAAAUGGAUCAAGAAAUGUGACGACGACAGCGAGACGUCAAACUGGAUCGCGGCGAACACUAAGGAGUGUCCAAAAUGCCACGUUACCAUCGAGAAAGACGGAGGAUGCAACCACAUGGUGUGUCGAAACCAGAACUGCAAAGCAGAGUUCUGCUGGGUGUGUCUGGGCCCCUGGGAGCCCCAUGGAUCCGCCUGGUACAACUGUAACCGAUACAACGAAGAUGACGCCAAGGCAGCCAGAGACGCUCAGGAGCGCUCGCGGGCCGCUCUGCAGAGGUACCUGUUCUACUGUAACCGUUACAUGAACCACAUGCAGAGUCUGCGCUUCGAGCACAAGCUUUACGCUCAGGUGAAGCAGAAGAUGGAGGAGAUGCAGCAGCACAACAUGUCGUGGAUCGAGGUGCAGUUCCUGAAGAAGGCGGUGGACGUCCUGUGCCAGUGCCGCUCCACGCUCAUGUUCACCUACGUCUUUGCCUUCUACCUCAAGAAGAACAACCAGUCCAUCAUCUUUGAGAACAGAUAG